AUGGCUCAUGUUAACCAAUUGACUGAAAAGGGAGCCAUGAACCCAGUGACUAAUGAUUCAGCUGCUGCUGCCAACAGGAUUCAUCCAAUGAGUCAUGAUCAUAUGGUGCCAAGUACUGGCCAUCACAUCAACCCUCUGAAUGCUCAGAUCAAUCCUGUGAUGAAUCAUCCUGUGGUCAAACCAGUGAGUCAUGACAUGGUACCCGCUGUCGCUCAUAAUACUCAUAUCAAUCCACGGACUCCAAAUCGAAUUCACCCGAGAAGGGGUGAUCAUCAUCUUUUCUUAACAUCUGAUGAUAACGCAAUGAUGAAGCACAUUGAGGAUACUCAUUCCCCAGAUGGCCGUGACUUUGACGUCAAACCUCUUCUCCAUACCAUUGAGGAUAUUGUGCAUCGUGCUCCUGCUAUUCCUGGCCAUCUUCAUGGAGGUCAAGCUCAAGCACAUCUGGAAGCAUUGGAAGAGAAGGUUCCCCACAGUGGACUUUCUGAAAUACUCAACUAUUUGGCAUAUCCUAUACAUAGAAUUUCUAUGGAGUUGAUAUGCAAAUGUGCUAACAAAGAAGACCCGCACUCAACAACAAUGGCGUUGCUUCACUCGCUCACAACCUACGCUUGGGAUACAAAAGUAGCAAUAACAUUUGCAGCCUUCGCUCAGCAAUAUGGUGAAUUUUGGCUACUUGUUCAUCAAUAUCCAACAAAUCCACUGGCCAAAUCAGUUGCAAUCAUUAAGGAACUUCCAGAAAUCAUGGAGCGCACCGAUGUUCUUAAGCCAAAAUUUGAUGCAAUCUCUGAUCUGAUCAACAAAAUGUUGGAUGUCACAAAGUGCAUUAUCGAGUUUAGAGACAUUCGAACAUCUCAUCAUCAGUAUGCUAUCACCCAAGAAUUGGAAAUGCUGAUCAAUACUGCCCAUAUUUCCACUGCUGCCUACUGGACUAUAAGGGCCGCUGUCAUGUGUACAGCCAUCAUUUUGAAUCUCAUUGCCACCGGCCACGAGUAUAUGUCCACAACAUCCGAGACUUGGGAGAUAUCUAGUUUGGCUCACAAGCUUGCCAACAUAUUGGAUCUCCUGAGAAAGGUUCUAAACCAAUGUUACCAAAAGAUUGAGGAGAAGAGGCAACAUGAUGCAUUUGAAGCACUUUUGCGACUUCUGAGGACACCCCACAUUGAUAACAUGAAGAUACUGUCAAUCUUGAUUUAUUCCAAGGAUGACCAGCUCCCACUUUUUGAUGGAACUCAUAAGAGAAGGGUAAGUCUUGAUGUGCUUAGGAGGAAGCAUGUUUUACUUUUGCUGUCAGAUCUCGACAUUGCACCAGAAGAGCUCUUUAUUCUCCAUCAUAUGUACGCGGAAUCAAAGGCACAACCAAGUAGGCCUGAGAGUAACUAUGAGGUUGUUUGGAUUCCUGUAGUUGACAAAAGACUAACACCAUGGACUGAAGCAAAGCAAAUGAAAUUUGAACAAGUCCAAGCUUCUAUGCCCUGGUACUCAGUAGCUCAUCCUUCUAUGAUUGAUCCUGCAGUCAUCAGAUAUAUCAAAGAGAUCUGGGGAUUCAAUAAAAAGCCUCAGCUUGUUGUUCUUGAUCCUCAAGGUAAAGAAACAAACAACAAUGCAUACCAUAUGUUGUGGAUUUGGGGAAGUUUGGCAUUUCCCUUUACUAAAGCUAGGGAAGAAGCUCUAUGGAGAGAACAAACUUGGAAUAUUGAACUAUUAGCUGACUCCAUUGAUCAAAACAUAUUUACCUGGAUUGGGGAAGGCAAAUGCAUAUGCUUGUAUGGAGGAGAAGACAUUGAAUGGAUCAGAGAUUUCACAACUGUGACAAGAGCUGUUGCAAAUGCAGCCCGUAUCCCUCUAGAGAUGCUCUACGUGGGUAAAAGAAAUCCAAAGGAAAGAGUUCGCAAGAACAGCGCAAUAAUCCAAGUUGAAAACCUAAGCCAUGUGGUGCAAGACCAAACUCUCAUUUGGUUCUUUUGGGAAAGGCUAGAAAGCAUGUGGCACUCAAGGACUCAACAAGACAUCCCUGGAGAAACAGACCCAAUUCUUCAAGAAAUCGUCACCAUUUUAAGCUAUGAUGGAAGUGACCAAGGAUGGGCUGUUUUUAGCCGGGGAUUGGCUGAAAUGACUCGAGGUAAAGGUGACCUGAUGGUGCAAGUUAUGAGAGGAUUUGAACGUUGGAAACAUGAAGUCACAGAUAUCACUGAAUUUGUUCCUUCAGUGGACCGUCAACUUCGUGCUCUUCAUACUCCUCACCAUUGUACACGUCUCAUAUUGCCUGGAACCACCGGUCAUAUUCCUGAGAGAGUGGUUUGUGCUGAAUGCAGCCGUCCGAUGGAGAAGUUUAUCAUGUACAGCUGCUGCAUUGAUUGACCAUCUUUAAUUUAUUAAUUAUUGCUCCUAGAGGACCAUAUGUUUGAAUAAAAUUACUACCACUUCUAGUCCUCUUUUAAUUAUUGCUCGCUCUUAAUUAACAGUAUGCUUAGAAUAAAAUGCCAUGUACUGGCUUUUUGAUGUACUUCUUUUGAGAUUUGAGUGUGUGAUCCAUGUAAUUCUAUAGCGUUAUGCAUGAGUUAAAAUAAAUCUGGUGACAACGUGUGUUUCUUAA